UUGCCAUUUUGACGAGUUUUUGACAGCACGUCAAAAGUGACAGCGUUGAAUAAUAUGUUUAUGUGCCAAAAUGUUACAAAAAUAGCCGUACACUAGUAAAUUUGGUCGUUGUUUUGUGAAAAACUGUGCAAAAUGAGUGAAAAGGAGAGGAACUGUUCAAACGAAGCGGUGGAAAAAAUCAUAGGCAACAUGACAGCGGAAAUGCAAAAUGCAGAUGGUCAGUAUGCCCCCUUGGGUUUCACGCCGCCCCCGAGCGAGCCCCUGAACUGGACCCAGCCCCCUUACGUGAACAACUACUCGUACAACCCUGCCUCAGGCUAUGUACCUAUGCAACAAUUCGCAACCCCCUUCAAUUACAUGCAACAGCCCCACGCGUUCGACAUGAACGAAUACAAUAAGAAUUUGAAAUACAUGUACGAGCCGUUGCAAAAUGGGGGCGAUGGUGGCGUUUUUCGAAACGAAUUUAUCCUAAAUGCGAAUUUGCACCAAUCGGAGCCUUUGCCCCAGACCAGCAACCAUGCCCACUUGAUCGAGAAUUUGGUGGGCAAUUGGGUGCCCAACACCACAGGGACGUACUCGCCCUUUGGCAACGUCGAGCCGUUUAAGACUUUCGAACAAGAAAAUGAACAAAACUUAAUACUUGAACAACCCCUUGAAGAGAAACAGUUUAAUUUUUCUCGAACCAAUCGCAAGCCAAGAAUGGUGGCAGAGGUGAAACCAAUGCGCCCCAGCUACUCUGAUGUUCUGACAAAGGCUGUGCCCCCAAAUACGGCCAAACCAACCGUCACUAAAGACCCCAAAGUGAAGAAAGAAAGUGGCAAAAAGAACGGAAAAAUUGAGAAAACGCAAAAAGUGAAUUGUUCCUUGAACCGAAGCAACACGAACGCGGACAUUAAAGAUAUUCCAAUUUCGGAGAAAACCCAAUUCAUCAAAACCAGCGAUAAAGAUAAGCGUCCCAGAAGCACGCAACUGAACCGCAAGUGGGCCUCGCUUGAUAAUAUCAACGAACCCAUCAACAAUAUCAAGGUUGAUGAUGGUAAAAAGAAGAAGGAUGAGGUUACCAACAGUACGAAAAAUUUGAGCCAAAAAUCGAAUUUUCGAAAAGUUACCAAAAAUCCGGGGGAUUCUCCGGAGAAUGAAACUUUUGUGGGUAAGAAUAACGAGACGCUUUAUGUUAGCAAAAAUGGGCUGAAGAAGACGAGCAAGUUUAAUAAUUCGAGAACCAAAAAUUUGGAAGCUAAUGAGAGGCCACCAGGGAAGCGAAACCAACGGACUCGCAAGAGAGAAAAUCAAGUUUUUUUUGGAAUUGCUGGCCAAAAAUUGAAACAUUACUUGAAAGGAUGGUGGAAGAUUUUAACCGUUUUCUUCUUCUGGCUCAUUCACCUUAUCUCCGAUAUUUGCAGCCUGAGCGUUCACAUUAGCCGUGACAUGGGUUCGAAUUUUUGGCUUUGGUUGUGUGUCCAUUGGAACCUCUUUUUGGAUACGGUAGUGACCAUCGCCUCACGUAUUCGAAUAUUAUCGUGGAUUUGGGAGAAAUUCAAGAAACCUGAAAAACCAACAACUAAAGACAAUAAUCGCAGUUUUAUUCACAGUGGAUUACAGAAUAACAUUAAUAUGCCAACGACUGGCGAAGAAGCAAUGAAAAGACUUUUAGCAUGUAAAGGCAAGGACCCUUACAGUAUAUUGGGAGUUACUCCAACUUGUACUGACGAUGAUAUUAAGAGGUACUAUAAAAGACAAGCUUUUUUGGUCCAUCCUGACAAGAACCAACAACCGGGAGCCGAAGAAGCCUUUAAAAUAUUAGUUCAUGCCUUCGAUAUGAUCGGGGAACCGGAAAGAAGGGCCGCUUACGAUAAAGGUGUUGUGGAGUCCGUGCAAGUGGAGCAAGCCUGGAGUGAAUUAACGGAGCUUUUGGCCCAGCUGCAGCAAAAGGUUGAAGCAGCCGCUAACACAAUUCGGUGCAGUGCUUGCGGUUUACGUCACAAAAGAAUCAAAGUGGAUAGACCUUGUUACGCGGCAAGGAACUGUUCCUCUUGUAAAAUCCAUCAUUCGGCUCGAGAAGGUGACAUUUGGGCCGAAGCUCGCUGUUUCGGCUUUUUGUGGCAUUACUACGCUUGUAUGGAAGGCAGUGUGUACGAUAUAACGGAAUGGGCCGGUUGUCAAAAGGACAGUCUCAAACACCUAAGACCAGACUCGCAUCAAGUACAAUAUCGCAUCGCUUUAGGUAAACAAAAUAGUCAACCUCGUAGACACAGCGGAUCUCAGCGGAAUGAGAAACCACCCGAUCUCGAAAAUUUACUUAACACAUUGUACGGACAAACCGAUUGCAUGCAACAAGGACAGAAACGUAGGAGUAAAAAAGGAAAGUGAUUUGGCACUAGAUGCAUAAGUUGUGUAUUUUAUUUCGCUAUGAGUAUGUGCUAUCAAUUUAUAAAAUCAAUGCGCUUGAAAAAUAAAUCAUGUUUACAAAAAUUUGUUCCCAUAAAA